AAUGACAUCGGACAGUAGUUAAAUAUUUGAUCCUACAUUACAUGAUUAGAAUAUCUUUUUCUAGAUAUAAUACCUUACAUUUAUACGACGCAGCUGGUUCCCCCUGUCAGUGCAACGAAAAACUAAUAUAACAAGUCGGCUGGUACGGUCAGUAUUUCUUACUAUUCUGCUUUGGAAUUGUACAUCUGCCGCUUCGAGCGGUGCGGUGUUCUAACGAAAUACGUUUAGCGGUUCUGUUGUGAGAAAAAGUUAAUGUACGCUGAAGUAAAGUAUUAUUUGGUGUGGAUAUACCUAACCUAAACGGUUAACACUUGCCCGUCAGAAUGGGACACAAGAAGAGAGAACGCGAGGAUAGUACUUCAGAGGUUGAUACUAGUGAUUCAGAGAACGACAGUUCAAGCGACAGUGAUUCCGAGGCGGAACCUUCGCCGAAGCACACUAAGAAAUCAAAAAAAUCAAAAUCUCGUGGAUCUUCAGAGGUAGGGAAACGAUCACGAAAAAAGAAGAAGAGACAAAAGUCAUCGUCUAGUAGCGAUUCUGAAAAUAAUUCUAGUCCUGAACAUAAGGCUAAGAAGAAGAGUAGUAAGAAAAAGUCAAAGGCUCACGAAAAGUCUGAAUCCUCAGACAGUGAAUCGAGUGCUAGUAGUGAUAGUUCCAGUACUAGUGAGGAAAGCUCUAAUGAAAAACAGGAAAAAAAGCUGGAAAAAAGGAUUGAAAAAAGUGUUGAAAUAGUUAAGAAGGUUAAUAGAAAGGAAAGGAUUGAUGAAAGUGGAGGAAAGGAUGUGAGGCAUGACCGUAAUGAUGAAAAAUCUAAAUGGGACAGCCCUGAGGUUAAGGAUAAAAGAGUAAGUCCAGCUACAAAGGAUGAGAGGAUAUCUCAGCAAGAGAAUCGAAGAAGAGUUCAUAAGGAUGGACAUGACAAUAAGGAUGUUAGAGAGAAGUGGGAUAAGAGUGCAAAGAAUCCUGACCAUGAUAAAAGAUAUAGAGAUUCAAACAGAAGUGACAUGAGAAGAGAUGACGUUAGAUUUGACAAUCGUCGAAAGAACGACAGGAUAUCUCCAAGGCGCGAUUACCCAUCGCGAAAGAGAGAAUCAGGAGAAAGAUAUUCAAGAAAUCGAGAAUCAAAUGGUAAAGAUGAAAAUCGCAGAAAGCCUAGGCAUGACACAAAUGAAGGACGCAGAUCUAGAGGUCAUGGAGGUACGUUUAAUUCAAAUCGUGGUUCUCAUGUCGAAGAAGGUCCACGAGACAGAAGAAGAGGCGAAGAAGGAAACAGAGACAGAUAUCCAAAAGGGAGAAUGAAGGAAGAACCUUCUCCAGAGUGGGGGCGUCCCACUGUAAAGGAUGAAUCAAAAGCUAAACCACAGGAGAAGGAGAAACCAAACUUUGAACUUUCCGGAAAGUUAACGGAGGAUGCCAACACCGUGAAUGGCGUAGUGAUAAAAUAUUCCGAGCCAUCAGAUGCCCGGAAACCAAAACGCAGAUGGCGGCUCUAUCCUUUCAAAGGAGAAAAAGCAUUACCCACAUUAUAUGUUCAUCGACAAUCAGCAUAUCUCAUGGGCAGAGAUAGAAAAAUCGCAGAUAUUCCUUUGGACCAUCCAUCAUGUUCCAAGCAGCACGCAGCACUGCAGUAUCGUUUGGUUUCAUUUCAAAGAGAAGAUGGAGGCGAAGGCCGACGCAUUCGUCCAUAUCUAAUAGAUCUGGAAUCAGCUAAUGGCACAUUUGUCAAUAACGUUAAACUCGAGGCAAGAAGAUAUCACGAACUUCUGGAACGGGAUGUGUUACGUUUCGGAUUCAGUUCAAGAGAAUAUGUACUUUUACACGAGCACAGCCGUGACGAUGCUCUCGACGACGACGUCCCCUUCACCAAUACAGCACAGGUAUCUCCUCCAAAAUAAUUAUAGCAAUCGUGUCAAUUCUGAAAAUAAUUACACGCCCUAUCGCGUUCUCAUCUUCAGAUCAAUGCUAAUUUAAUGCGAUUUUGGUAAUUCCGAAGGUUACGAUUUAUAGUUAACAAAUUCUAUGAGCAGUUUUUUUAGUUGAACCAAAAUAAGUUGUAGACUUCUUUAAUUAUUUUAAUUUACGCUCUUUAUCGCUAUAUAUUCAGGGUCCUUUAGAAUUUAUGCAUAGAAAUCAGUUGAUCACACAAGCGUCGGAAAACAUGUUAUUUCUGUAAAAGUCCUAUAUACAAUAUAUCAUAAAAAAGAAAGAUAUGUCUGAUUCCUCUAUCACAAUGUCAAAAUACAGUACUUUUUGAGUUUAUUGAUAUUCAUAUAUCACGGGCCGCGAAUCGGAGUCUGCACCCGUUGUAAAAAUCCUCUUGUCGUUAUUCCAAAUAUAACAAAGGUAAAAGCCUUGUUGAUUUUAUCCUAUACGAUGUCUAUCGAUUUGCACGGCGUAUAGCGGAUUAUGUAUAUUAAAGAGCAGAUUAAUAACCCUGCUUUAAAAUAUAAUGUAAAGUGAUGAUAAAAUGCAAAUAAAACGACAUUAAAUUGA